CCUGGUCGCCUCGCUCGUUCGUCCUAAUCGGAGAGUGCGCGUUGCUCUGAGGGAGUGGUGCACGAAGUGGAUCGCCCGCCGACAAAAUGAGAGUCUACCUGAUUUUACCGUUUGCCGGAAUCUUACUGUUCGAAUCGUGCUAUGCCGGUUACCCUUUCUAUUUCGGGGCUCCGGAUCCUUUAUUGACGCUUGAUUCAUUCUCGUACGGUUCAUUCUACCCGGAUAGUGGCUUAAACAAGUUCUCAUUAAUAGCUAAGGGUCUUCCUCUAAAAGGUUUAAGUGGUGACCUGGUCACAUUCCUGCCAACCGACGGCGUAAAAGAUGACGGAAGCAUUGCCAAAUUUAUUAAGAAUUACGACACAUCGAAGGAGCUUAGCUUCAACGGGAAAGGUUUCAAAAUUAUACCAAAGGUUAAUCGAGGUAUGCCAAUCAUUCCGCUUAAAGGACCGGAAGUUGAGGAUAUUCUUAAGGGAAUAGAAGUGGCAAAGGGGCUUCGCCUUGAUGGCCCCUUAAUCAAGGAGUUCCAAGCGGAAAAAGCCUCUGCCGAACUAGGAGCGCUGUUAGGACACCAGAAACUGCCCCUCAAGGUCCCUAUUGUAAAGGGUAUUGAUGUCGGCAUUUUGAAACCGGUAUCGAACAUUCCUCGUGGGUUCCCCAUCAAAGAAGCGAUCGGUUACGGAGCAUCUAUUCUUAGUUUUCCAGGCCACAUUGAGGGACCAGUCACGCACGCCAUUCCUGUCCACAAGCAAGUAAUUUCUUUACCUCAGAAACACAUAGGACUCAACUCGGAAAUCCCCGAUCUGAAGGGGCCCACUAUCAUAAGAAAUGCCGGUCUUGUUGAAAUUCCGGCCCCUCAGUUGCACUUAAGCGAGCAUAAGUUUGCACCUCUCGUCAAGAAGCCGGGUCUGUUCCACGGCAAACACGUUCUUCAGCAGGCAGUCAAGGUCAUUGAGCCUGCUCCAUUGCUUUUACAAAAGGAGAUAAUGCCUGUUCGCCAACCCGCUAUUCUUCCUGUCCAUUUGGAACAUCACGCUUACCAUGAACCCAAACCUCUUCCUCAGUUUCAUAGGGUUCCUCUUCACGUGGUACCACUUCACCAUCAGCACGAUCAAACCGUCCACCACGAGCCAGUUCACGAAGUGCCAUUGCAGCAAGCCCACCCAGUUCACGCCGCAGUUCAUUCUAUCCCGGCUCAUCGUCAAGAGCAUCGCCUUCAUCCUGAGAAUGGCCUGCCUCAAGAGCACGAGCUCCUUCAAAAGCAAACCCUUCAUCAUGCGCCCUUGCUUACACAUCCUAGGCAUCAACAUGGCUCGGUCCACCAAACACCGAUUCAGCCGGCUCCACUUCAUGCAGUCCCUAUUCAUGCCGUUCCAGAACAUCGUGAACCUAUUCAGGCGGUACCUGUUCACACCGCUCCUGUACAUCAUGAGCUUGCACACGCUCUUCCUGUAGCUCAUGAGCGUGCACAUGCCGUUUCCGCACAUCAUGAACCUGGACAGCCUGUUCCUGCGCAUCAUGAACUUGCACACGCCACUCCUGUGCGUCAUGAGCCUGCACACGCUGUUCCUGUGCAUCAUGAGCCUGCACACGUCAUUCCUGCGCAUCAUGAGGCUGCACACGCCGAUGCUGUGAAUCAUGAACCUCCGCACACCGUUCCCGCGCAUCAUGAGCCUGCACACGCUGUUCCAAUGCAUCAAGACCCUGCACACGUCGUUCCUAUACAGCAUGAACUUGCACACGUCGUUCCUGUGCAGCAUGAGCCUGAACCCGCCGUCCCUGCACAACACCAUCAUCAUCGGCAACAACAUCAUCGUCAUGUGCAAACACACCCUGUCGGGGCUGCUCCAGUGCAUCCCCACGGGGCAACUCAUGCUCAAGCUGUAUCCACACAUGGUGUCCGACCCGCUGCAGUUCAGCAAAUACAGCAUGUUCAGCACCGUAUCGUACACGCAGAGCCCGUCCACGCCGCGCCCGUCGUAUCUGUCCAUCAGGAAGCUGUCGCCCACGCCGGCCCUGUACAUGGAGCUGUUCCCAUUUCCCAUGAGGUUGUCCAUGGCCAUUCGGGUCACGCCCCAAUAGGCCACGCCCACGGCGGCAUCGUUCAUCAGCAGUACUUCACAAUACACCAUACGCAGUCAGAAAAGAAGCUCGUUCACGCUCCAGUCGUAACAGCCGUUCCGGGUACUAAACAUGACGCCGCUGUAGACACCCACCCCGUAGUUCCAGUGCGCGGUGGCCACGGUGAGCCAGCAGUUCAUGCCGGUCCCGUUGUACCCGUAGUUUCGCACGUCCCGCCACAUCCCGCACCACUCGACGAAAAGGAAACGCCAGCAGCUUCGGAGUCCGUUGAACCAAUUACACCUAACUAUGGCAGAAAGAAGCGCAGGUUCCACCUCAAGAAAAAAUCAUCUAAGGCCGCGUCGUCUGCUGCGUCCGCUUCGGCUUCCGAACUUAAGCCAACCGUCAUGGACGCCGUCGAAGAAAAGGAAAACGAGCAAAAGGAAGAUUAGAUGAUUAAUUCCAAACAAAGAAUCGUUACGAGUGUUAAAAGUGUAACAACGUUAACAAACAACAGCGACACCAAAAAUCAAUGACGGAGCGUAACUUCGAUGUUCGCCAUGCUUCUGCUCUGUUCAAGUUCUGCCCAAUUUAAAUGUGCUAUAAUAAGUAGGAUAUUAAUGACCUUCUUCCAGCAGAACUCCGGAAGCGAUAGGCGCUGGUGUGCUUGCUAAGUUCGGAUGUGUGUAGAAACGCGUGUGAAUGUAGAGUUUGGUCUGGUCAGUGCGUCUCGCGCGAUUCAUGAUCGGGGGGGGGGGGGUCCACGCAGGUUUUGGUGUAACGCUUCCUCAGUUCUAAUCUGCCACUGUUUACUGGCUAAUGGUACUACCUUUUUAGAAUCUUCGGGAUCUGAUAGAGGAACAUAAUCGUGGAGGAAAAGUGUUUCGCUGUGUAUGUAAAUAUGCAAUGCUGGAGACCUCUGUGAAAUCAAACCCUUAAUCGUACUUACCGCUGAUGGACGCCGCACUAGGCCAGACGACGCCAACUAUCUUUAAGUUAGACAAGGGACAUCGUAAAUGUAUAAUAUAAUAAUAUUAAUCUUAGUUUAGCCUAUUAUUGUCAUGUGGUGAAGUUUGCGUACGCUGUGCGUCACAAUCGAUUGUCACUGUUGCAUAUCUAUCUCUAUGUAUAUAAAUAUACAGUGAAGGCAGUUGCGAGUAAUCAGAUCGACGAUGAUGUAGUCCAUGUUCAAUAAAAUAGUGCAUUCCUAAUGCUUC